AUGAACUGUUACUGGAAAGUCCUGGCCAUUUUUUUACUGUUUCUCCCAGCUGCACUGUUUAUCCAGCCAGCACGGCCCAGAGUGUUGCUGGUAUCAUUUGAUGGAUUUCGAUGGGAUUACAUCUAUAAAGUCCCAACUCCCAACUUCCAUUAUGCCAUGGAGAAUGGUGUCCAUGUCAAACAGGUCACUAAUGUGUUUAUAACAAAAACAUACCCUAAUCAUUAUACAAUGGUGACUGGUCUCUAUGCAGAAAGCCACGGUGUAGUUGCUAAUGAGAUGUAUGAUCCUAUUCUGAAUGAAACUUUCUCUCUGGACAAUAUGGAUACCCAUAACUCCAAGUUCUGGGAAGAAGCCAGCCCAAUAUGGAUAACAAACCAGAGGGAAGGACAUAAAACUGGAGCAGCUAUGUGGCCUGGGACAGAUGUGAAAAUACAUGGAGUCUUCCCUACGUAUUAUAUGCCCUACAAUGAAUCUGUUUCCUUUGAAGAUAGAGUUGCUAGGCUUAUUGACUGGUUUACAUCAGAAGAACCUAUAAACUUUGGUCUCCUAUAUUGGGAACAGCCUGAUGAGAUGGGCCAUAUUCUGGGCCCAGAAAACCUGCUUAUGGGAGAGGUAAUUAGUGAUAUUGACAAAAAGCUGGGAUAUCUUCUGUCUGAACUGAAGAAGGCAAAGCUGUGGGAUGUGAUAAAUGUCAUAAUCACAAGUGAUCACGGAAUGUCACAGUCCUCCUCGGAAAGGCUCAUUGAGCUUGAUCAGUAUGUGAGCAGAGAACUCUAUAAAGUCAUUGACCAUUCUCCUGUGGUAGCAAUUUUGCCAAAAGAAGGCAAACUGGAUGAAGUAUAUGAAGCCCUGACCAAUGCUCAUCCCAACAUGACUGUAUAUAAAAAGGAGCAGAUUCCAGACAGAUUUAAUUACAAACACAACAGCAAAAUUCAGCCAAUCUUAGCAGUGGCUGAUAUAGGAUGGGAAAUUGUAUAUAAUAAGUCUGAUGGUUUUCAACUUGGUAAUCAUGGAUAUGACAACAUCUUACCAGAAAUGCAUCCCAUUUUUGUGGCAGUUGGGCCUGCUUUCAGAAAGAAUGCCACCAAAGAAGCUAUGAAUGCUACAGACCUGUACCCCUUAUUGUGUCAUCUACUUGGUAUUAACCCACUGCCAAACAAUGGUUCCUUCAAUGCUGUGAGAGAUAUACUUGCUGAAGAAGUUCCUGUAACCUUUGGAGCAGACACCUAUGCUACUGCUGUAGGAGUCUUUCUGGGCAGCUUCCUUGUGAUGGUUUUUAUUGCAGUUUUUUUUAAGCAUUUUAUGUACACCCAAGGAAACACCAUGCAAAUGCAACAUAGUGAAGCUGCCCAGCCACUGUUGCAAGACUCGUAA